CACUGCCGCAAGGAGUGAGAUGUGCAGGGCAGAGUCGCCAACAGGGAGAUGGGAUCCCUGAGUAAGAAAAUAACUAUUAAGUCACAAAGAGGAAUGAAUGAGUAGAUGCCAAACAAUUUGGAAACUGUUAGAAAGCUGGUUUACCUUAUAUACAGUGGCGGAGGAAGCCCAUAGGGGCAUAACACACUGCAGGGCCUCAGAAUCUGCCUGCCUCCUCCCACUCAGCUGCCACACAGCUGGGGGAGAGGCAGCGGGCGGACCAUUUGGGCAGGAGAGAUGUGUGGCUCAGGUGUGCUGCAGGCCCUGCGGUGAGUGCCGUUGGGCAUUUUGUCACCCCCCGCAGUGGUGGCACCUGGGACGGCCCGCAACUACCACACACCCCUUCCUCUGCAGUAUAUUUCCACUUUGGGAUGGCCAGCCUGCAUAGGACAGUUGUGGCCUGCUCAGAUAUAUCCUUCAUCUUCUGCUCUGUACCAUAUACAAAUCCACACACACACCUACAUGAUGUGAGGGGAGGAGAAAGGUGUGGGAUUCUGCCUUCGGCAGCACAAUAUAGAAAUAUCCUUUUGAACCAAAUGAUUCUAGAAAAAAAGUUUUGGCCCCUCCUCCCUUGUUUAUCCUCCUUGUCUGGGACUCACACUGCAGCUUUUCAAAAGAAGCUCGAUUAAGAAAUACGUCUGUUGUCAUCUUAUUGCCACAUCAUCCUGCAAAUGCCAAGGAUGUGUCCACCCAUUUGAGUUCUUUAAAAAGCAGAUGCAGGAAAGGCAAAGCUUUUGCCUGUCUGCUGCCAGGAUGGGAGAAACAAAUCCAGCGAGAAACUCCAAGUGUUUCCAUUUCUUCUUGCUUGGCUUCAUUGGUUCCCUCCUCCUUCAAUCUGCAUCGGGUCGCGAGCUGGUGUUUGUGCUCUUAGUAAGUAAAGGAAAGCAAAUAUUUCGUUACUACUAUGCGUUUGGUUUGUGGGUUCUUCAAGACGAAAUUCUUGGGGCUGUGUCCAAUUUUAGUUCUACUCAGAGAAGACCCAUUUAAAGUAAUUGAUAUGACUAACUUGGGUCCAUUCAUUUCAGUGUGUCUAAACUUAGUUGGAGCCCACCCUUGGUGUACAGCUCUCCAAAGGUUUCAUGAAUUAACUAGACUUUCAAUGGUGGGUUUUCCUCUCUCCUAUAUUUACAGAAGGGACGCGGGUGGCGCUGUGGGUUAAACCACAGAGCCUAGGACUUGCCGAUCAGAAGAUCAGCGGUCCGAAUCCCCGGGACGGGGUGAGCUCCCGUUGCUCGGUCCCUGCUCCUGCCAAUCUAGCAGUUCGAAAGCACGUCAAAGUGCAAGUAGAUAAAUAGGUACCGCUCCGGCGGGAAGGUAAAGGGCGUUUCCGAGCACUGCUCUGGUUCACCAGAAGUGGCUUUGUCAUGCUGGCCACAUGACCCGGAAGCUGUACACCGGCUCCCUCGGCCAAUAAAGCGAGAUGAGCGCCGCAACCCCAGAGUCGGCCAUGACUGGACCUAAUGGUCAGGGGUCCCUUUACCUUUACCUUAUAUUUACAGGAGUGGGGGAACCUGUGGCUCUCCAGAUGUUGCAGGAUCACAACUUCCAUCAUUCUUGACCAGUGGCCAUGCUGCCUGGGGCUGAUGGGAGUUUUAGUCCAACAACAGCUAGAGGGCCACCGUUCAGUAAGCCUGUACACUAUAAAUUAAAAACUGAUGCUAACACAUUCCGCCGGUUGCUUGAAUUAUUUUAAGAUGCACUUGUGUUUAAUGAGGGAGCUUAUGCCUCUUUAGUAAAGAACAUGCAGUCUCCCUAUAGCUUUUAGAGAUAUAACAUGCAUCAGAAUGUUAAAGAAUAUAAAGAUAACAAUUGAAAUGCUUCCUGGCCUUCAAGUGUAAUGAGCUCAUCUAUAAACAAACUCAAAAGAGCAGCCAUUUUAGAUUGCUGCCAUUAAGAUACUGCUCUAUCAGAUACAUGAGGUUCAAAGGGAGGAUAAUCACAGCCUACGUGUAAAUAGAUAUACAGUUUUACAAGGUGAGCAUAGGACAGCAUCCUGAUAGAAGGGAUAAAACAUACUAUUGAACCAGCUGACGUCAUGAAGACAUAAGAGGCUUGCUGGAUAGGACCAAAGACCAGUCUAAUGUGUUGCCACAAUGACCAACUUGAUGCCUAUGGAAGGUGGGAGAUGACUGCAAUAGCCCUUUCCUGCUCAUGAGACCUCAGAACUGAUAUUCAGAGGGAUAUUGACAUUUUGGAGAAAGUAGACAAUGGGUAUACACAUGCAGUAACGAUUCAGUUCAGACCCUAAUUUUAUGCUUUGGGAAACAAUUUGCUUAGGUCUGAUUAUCCAGCAAAACAAUGCUUUGUGCUUUCCCCAUUAAAGGAUUAUUAUUUUAUGGGCAAUGUAUACAGUAGAGGUAAUAGUAAGAAAUCUCUGAAAUUGCACAGUGCUGGUGCUUUUGAAACUGGUUUGAAGUGCAAAGUGGAUUUGGUUGGAGUGGAUACAUGGGCGUGUUCCAGGGAAGCAGAAGAACCUGAACUUCCAGCAUUUUACAAACAAACCCCAUUAACAGAACGAGCAAAUAGCGCUGAGCGGAUAAGGACAAGGUGAUAUAUUACUUCCACAUCCCUUUCCAAAGCAGGGCCAGCCCAAGGCGUUUUGCUGCCUGAGACAAAGAACAAGUCGGUCCCGUCCCACCCCCACAUUCCACAGGCAGAAGCUGACUGGCUUGGAAGUUUAUUUUUAUUUAAUACUAGUGUUGGGACAGUAUUAUUCACCACACCUGAGGACAGCAGGCUAACUUAAAGGUAGCACAGCAAGUUGCAGGACAUACACAACUCCGUCCUCUGAUAGAGGGGAAUGGUUAAGUGGUUCAGGAGGAAGCGGGGUAGGCUACCACUGCUGACUCCCACCCACAUUCCCCAGGACCUGAGUUCUGUGGAAGAAGGCAGGUGGUGGGGAGGGGAACCCCCUAAUAUUGGCUUUGUAGAGAUCAAUGAUCACAUGCUCGGAGCAGCUUUCGAGGCAACUUCGAUUGCCUGGAGAUGUUCGUUUUCUUUCUCUCAUUUUGCCCACUCCCCAUAACUGCUUUACAGUAGUGGUCAGCUGUGUGGUAGCGCUCACCUGAUCUCCUGCCGCCCAUGUUGCUUCUGCUUACCGGCAAGUAGAUCAAAAGGGUAGCAGGGUGCAAACGCGUUGGCAGGAGGCCCAGAAUGGCUCUGCUGGUGUGUUUGCAUCGCACCAGCUUCAUCUCCUCCUCUACCUCCCAGUGAGCUGUAGGAACAUGGGCAAAGUGAGGUCAGGUGAGUGAUGCCAUCUUACCAUCUGACUGCUACUGCUACAUAUCACUGGGAUUACAAAGGAGCUUGCGAGCCAUCCAAGUUAAAGUCUGGUGAUCCUUCUCAUCAAGUUGCUGAAAGUAAAUUGGAAGGCUAAAAUUGUAUUGGCUAAACAGACUUGAAUAAAUUAUUUCAACUUUCCCCCAUCUUUACCUCACAGCCUUUCCUAGUUUGCCGCUGGCAUAAUAUAUUAUUAAUAUCUAGCCCCCAAGUGAAGUUAUGUUUUGGUGCUUGCUGAGUCUCCCCCCCCCCCCCAUUUCUAUCAUAAUUACCGUAUUAGACUAUUUUACUUUAGCAUUGUUCACCCUCUUUUACUAGAUUUAUCGGCAUGGUGACAGAAGCCCUAUUGAAGUCUAUCCUAACAGCCUACACAAUGAAAGUGCCUGGCCACAGGGAUUUGGACAACUGACUAAGGUUUGUUGGCUUUUCAUAAAGUUUGGUUUGAAAAUUUUCAAGAAGUAGACUUCUGGAAUUUGGAAUUUGUACAAAAUUUCAUUCCAGCUCUAAGAGACAUGAUCCCCCAUCCUCUGAUAGUCACAGAUUGCUGUGGGCCCUCUAACCUGACCUGUAGAGAUCAGUGCUCUUGUCUCUACCUGACUUAUCCAACACCCAAAUCCCUCUGAAUGUGCCUGAUUUGGCUCAGGACUUGGAACUCGGGUGAAUAUGGUGCACAGCUCUAAUAAAAGCGGCAAUGGGUCUGUGAUAUAGCAGUCGAGAACCUUCCGGCUAUGGGCUUGAUUAGGCCUGCUAGGCCAUCCUAUUUGGCCUGCAAGACCAUUUCAGCCCAGCUGCACCCACCUGUCAAUCACCUCAUGCCGUGUUUUGGGCAGGAAUCAGAUGCACACAAAACCUCAUUCCCUCUCAAGUGUAUCAAAUCCCUUUCAAAUUCAACCCAACAGAGAAAGGCACCAGAUUCAAACAGUGCCAAAGGUUGAGCCAUGGUUGCAAAGGAAUCAUCAGGAGCACAAUCCCGACCAAUCCUUUGCAGCCACGUCCCAUGUGAAGUUGAAUCAAAGGACUACCAGGAGUGAACUGCCAACUGUUCAUUUCCAGCCACAGCUUUAGUUUGGGUGCCGAUUGUACAUGGCACCUUACCUUGUCAUGCUGCUUUCAACUGGAAUCAGAUACGCAGGAGCUCUUGCUCACUCCAAGCGUAUCCAAUUCCUGCCAACCACAGUGCAACAGGGAGAGGCACCAAAUUCAAAUGGCACCAAAGGAUCAACUGUGGCUCCAAAGGAACAAUCAAGAGCACACUCCCAAUGUCGCAUCUGCAGCUGUGGCUUUAGCUUUUUCACAUCUGAUGUCACGUGCUUGACAAGUGAGCAGCCCUACCAUUUGCCAGCCUGGCCCAGUGUUCCCCAAACUUGGAUCUCUAGCUGUUUUUGGACUACAACACCCAUCAUCCAUAGCUAGCAAGACCGUUGGUCAGGGAUGAUAGGAAUCGUAGUCAAAAACAGCCAGAGAUCCUACUUUGGGAAACACUGACCUGGCCCGUGGAGGAAUUGCUAUGUUUGGAUCCGGCACUCUGGCAGAAAGCAGUUCCCUACCCCUGCUCUGAAAUGUUUAAUAUUAAGAGCAAAAGGGUCACAUGGUGGAUCCACCUGCAUGGAAAACUGAUCCUCUCCAGCCUCUGAUCAUUUUUGUCACAUUUCUUCAAUCAUUCCCUAGGAAAGCAGCCGGGGUGGGUAAUGCUUGGCUUUCCACAAGGGCUGGAAAAGCCAUAAGACCGAACUCUGGCUUCAAGAGGAAAUCAUGUAUCUAUUGUUGCUCCCACAGAUUGGAAUGCAGCAGCAGUAUGAACUUGGAAAAUACAUAAAGAAGAGGUACUCAAACUUCCUGAGUGCUGAAUAUAAACGAGAAGAGGUGGGUAAGGGAAUUUUCAAGAAAGAGAUUGGUGUGGUUCAUAACAACAUCAGAUCCUGAGAAAACCCAAGGGAUGUUUUGAUAUUAUUCAUCAAACAUUCCAGUGGUGUUAAUAAGCCUCCUCCAGCAACGGUUACCACUUCUGGGUGUAGCAUAAAGGAAAUUUCUGGAGUAAAGCUUCUGGUAGUAGAGGUAGAGGGACCCCUGACCAUUUGGUCCAGUCGUGACCGACUCUGGGGUUGCGGCACUCAUCUCGCUUUAUUGACAGAGGGAGCCGGCAUACAGCUUCCAGGUCAUGUGGCCAGCAUGACUAAGCCGCUUCUGGCGAACCAGAGCAGCGCACGGAAACGCCAUUUACCUUCCCGCCAGAGCGGUACCUAUUUAUCUACUUGCACUUUGACGUGCUUUCGAACUGCUAGGUGGGCAGGAGCAGGGACCGAACAACGGGAGCUCACCCUGUCACGGGGAUUCGAACAGCCGACCUUCUGAUCAGCAAGUCCUAGGCUCUGUGGUUUAACCCACAGCGCCAGCCACAUCCCAAGCUUCUGGUAUCUGAUGAUAUUCGAAGGGAGACAUUCCUUUGGGUUGGCAACAGAUGAAGCACAGUCCUUAUACACUUAUUCCUCUUCAUCAGUAGAGGCCUCUGCUAGAGAGGGUCCCUCAAAGGCUACCAAGCUGAGAUGCCCUCAGAUCCCAUGACACCCUCCCACUUCUAAUGAAGAGGUUUCUGAGUCCAGAUCCUGGGUCUUGACACACUCCCUUAACCCUUUCUAGAUUUUGAUCCAGAGUACCGAAAGUGAUCGAACCAUUAUGAGUGCCCAAGCAAAUCUUGCUGGUAUGUACCCUCCUACGGGUGAUCAAAUCUGGAAUCCUAAAAUCCUGUGGCAACCUAUCCCGGUGCACGUUGUACCAAAGGAAAGAAAUCCGGUGAGUACCAGAGUCAUAACCAAUUUUGUCUGCCUUCCAGGCUCUUCCUCAGAAACCUAAUACAGUAUUCUGAGAAGGAAGUGUAUGCAAAUGUUCAUUUAAAAUUAUCAUUUCCCUUAAUCAGAGAUUCUGCAACAUAUAGAAGAAGCACAUGACCAUUUGUAGCUCAUUUAUUUAUAGCCCCGCCUUACUUUCUGCUGAAGGAAACAGCAUUUGAAUUUAGGAUUUGGGGGCCAUGCUCCCUUUGAGGAUGAGUUGAUUCCUUGACUUCUAGUUCUGACAUAGCGAACUGUCUUGUCCUCCUGCAGGGACAGUUGGCUGUGUUGCAGCUGGUGUGAUGUUGUAGCUGUUAUCAGGGCCAAUCCCAACACUGAAUUAAAUGUGCACAUCAAAACCAGACAACUCUGUAUCCACUGUACUGUUUUCAACAAAGGAUAAUGCUGCAGUUUGUACAUGUAUAUAAAACUAUAUAAAGCUUUCUGUCUAUUACUAUUAUAUUUUUUCAUACAACAGUAGCACCGACUGGACUUUCACAAGCAGCAAAAUAUAUUGAGAUGUUUCAGAGCUGCAAGGAGCUUUGGCAAAGAUCCAAGCAGUAUCUUACGCCACACUGUAUGGUGCGACAGAAAGCACGCAGUAUCUUUUCUUGCUUGAAGGUUUUUGUAGCUUUGGAGACUAAAGGACAUUUGGAAAGCGUUUUCUUAAAGGCACAAUGGAAACACGUCUCCCUUGCAAGUCUCCAAUUGUUUCCUCAAAACCUUUUGUUGGGUUCUCCCUUACAACCCAUUCCCAGCAGUAUCACGAUAGGCAGGUUAUUUCCCAGGGCGAACCAAGAGAGUUUCAUCAGUCGUCAUCAUAAUCAUCAUCUGUCAAGUAACAGGAGAGCCAGGAAUAAUUAGUUCUCAUUUUGAUGCCUGUUGGUUGCAUGCUGCUGCAGUUUAGUUGGGCAAGAGCUACUACACCAGUCAUGUGGGGUCUAAUAACUGGCAGUUAUCCACAAGUGAAUCUCUUAGACCUAUUCCUGGUCACAUAAUCUGUGCUGCGCUGAACUGUAGGCCUCAAGCAGGCUUCCUCAACCUCGGCCUUCCAGAUGUUUUUGGCCUACAACUCCCAUGGUCCCUAGCUAGCAGGACCAGUGGUUGGGGAUGCUGGGAAUUGUAGUCUCAAAACAUCUGGAGGGCUUAGGUUGAGGAAGCCUGGCCUCAAUUGCUGUCACUAUGGAGCUGCUGCUCAGGAAAUGUGAUGCAAGGGCAAAUGGCUGAUGUUCUUUCUCUCUCAGUUCUCUCAGAACUUAACUCUCCCCUCAAAAUCUCCUCACCAAAACUCCCUUGUGUCAGGCAAUGCAGGGUGUGGGGCGUUGAGGUGAAACCACCCCAUGCCCAACCUCACAGUUCUGACAACAUUCCUCACACGGAGCCAAUUAGCUUUUUAUUUAUUUAUUUAUCUUUUUGUAGGCGGAAACUCCCAUUGAUACCAAUGCGAGAGGUUCCUCUUUUCACUAAGUGGUGGGUGAGGGAGUUUUGUGAAGGCUGAGGUGGUGCAACUCCCCACACGCUGCAUUACUCAUUAAUCGAGAGAGAACACUGAAUAUUAAUUUAGCUUGACUCUGAGGAUGCUUCCCUGCCAAACAGAAACGAGCUGCAGUCUUGAUACCACACUGAACAGCCAUUCCCAAAGCUGGAAAAGCAAGAAUAAUAUAGCACACAUUUUGAGGGAUGAGAAGUAAGAAUUUUGAUCAUCUCUUCCCCACCUUCUCUCAUCUGUCUUCCACUCAUUUCUGGAUUUUGGCCUGCAAUGUUUGCAUCAGAUGUUGGGAGGAUAGAAAAAGGAACAAAACUUCUUAGGCUCAACUCCUUGAUUCAUAGAAACUCCUUAACACCACACAGACUGUCUGACAUGAGUUCUAGUUCCUCACUGGGACGCCAAGCCCUUGGGACAUACUCGCAUUUAUGGUGGGAAUGCUCAUAGGUUAAAUGCUUUGGGGAUACAGCAGUCCAUGAAACUGGAACUAUUAUAAGGUGCCAAGUGACACCUUCUCCACAACAGGCAAUAUCUCCUUUAUUCACUGAGGAUUACACUGCUAUGUACAUUAAGGAAUUAGUUGGGCACUUUCUUAUUUGCAAUUCACAACUGCAAAACUCUGCCGGGACUUGAUAUGAGUGAACCUGGUUUACUGGUAUGGGAUAUUGUUACUAGAGGGAAAUGACAUUCAAAUUAAGAGUGCUUAGAGGCCAAAAUAAGAAAGAUAAUUUUAUUUUGGUAUGGCAUGGUUGUGCAAUGUACGUUAAAAUACAGGAACAUGGAAGAUCUCAAUAUGCAGUUUCUAAACAGAUUUGGAUAAUUUUAGUUCUACAGGGGUUCCAAUCCCCUUUAUAGUGUUUUCAGUUUUGGCAACCCUAUGCCCAGAGAUAGAAAAUGGGAAAAAAAUAAAAUAAAAUAAAAUGAUUCAGAUGUUUAUUUGAUGUAUUUACCUGAGUAAAUCCUCUAAUGAAGAUGUUUAAUACGUGCCUGCCCAGAGAGUUAACUCUAAUCCAAACUGUAUUUGCUGUAAUUAUAUUUUGCUUUCCUUUUUAUAUGGUUCAUGACAAAAUGUAUCUUAUUUUCCUGUAUGUUAAAAAUAAGUAAACAUUUAUUUUAGGGGGGGGACUUAUUAGGCUAAGCAAAAAACACGAAACAAAAAAGCAAGUCUGUUCUCAAAGCAAGACCAAUGUUACAAUACGUCAUUCUGACAACCAGAAAAUAUCUCAGUGAUCAUCUUCACAUUAUUCUGUUAGUAUAUUAACAGCAUGUCUAUUUUGAAGCAGCUCCCAUUGAGUUCAGUGGGGCUUACUGUAUUUGUAUGGAUGGCGAGAUCACUAAAUCAUGUGACUUCAAGCCAAUGAAUCCCUGCAGGUUAUGAGACAGGUAUAAUUCAGAAAUGGCGUCAUUGUGACAAACAUCAAUCCUACAUAGAGAUAAGCACUCUACAAAAACCCAGCUGAGAAGCUUGAAGUGAGACAGAAGGCAGUUGCAAGCAUAGCUGUCAACUGUCCCUUAUUUGGCGGGAAACUCCCUUAUCCCAGCGCCUUGUCCCGCUGCUGUCCCUUAUUGAUGAUGUCCCUUAAAUUUCCCGGCUUUCAAAGGAAGCAGCUCCUCUCCCUUCCUCCCUGCCGGCCAGGGAGGAGGAGGCUCCAACUGUGUUGCUUGGCUGCCCGGCCCACCCCCCUCUGGCCUCCUCUCACCAGCAUCGGCCCCCGGGAGCCCCUCCCCACCGGGACUGAGGAGCCUUGAGAGGAGAGCGAGGGCAACCAUAGAGAAAGCAGUUCAGAGAGAGGAGGAGGAGGCAGAGGCGGAGGCGAGGGCAGGUGUUCCAAGGGCUAACCAUAGAGCGGGAAAGUGGAGGAAGGACCACAAGCGCUUCUCCCAUAGAUUUGUAGUGGUAAACUAGCCUAGAUGGUCUGAUCUGCGGGUUUACUUCGGGCGCUAUUCCCCCCUCUUCCUCCCGCCCUGCCUGAUGGAACUGAGAGCUGCAGAUGGAGCAUGAGAGAAAAGAUACAGAAGUGCAGCAGCAUCUUCGUGGCUUGGAUGUCGUUUUUCGCAAAAAGUGGUUGCUGCUUGUAGUUAUUUAAUUGCAGUGUUUCAUCAGCUGGUGUCUUGAGCAGCAACCUCUGGAAACGAAGGGCUAAAAACCAGCGCUGCUCUCCAAAAUUAUCUGGUCCCUUUUAACUUCGUAUUUCAGCUGGUUGACUAAAAUUCCUUAUUUUGGCUGCUGAUCCCUUAUUUUCGAGGCGGCUGGUCCCUUAUUUUCAAAUCUGUAAGUUGACAGCUAUGGUUACAAGUUGUGUCAUUUUUGUUUCAGAAAUUACGUUAUCCAAUUUUAAAUUGUCCACGCUACCUGGAACUUCUGAAGGAAACGAUGAAAUCAAGUGAAUUCCAGGCCAAAAUUCAACCGUACAAGGUACUUUGUGCAGGAUUGGGGAUGGGUAUUAUGUCAGUAAUAUUUCCACUACAGCCUAGGUCCAGACAUUUCGAACUCUAGUGGGUAAUUGCAUUACUGUUAGAUUAAACCUCAAUGUAUCAAAACUAGCUUAUUUAAAACAUGUAGUAUUUCUAUAUGCAAAGACCUAUGCAUACCGAACAAUAAACACAGGCCCAGUUCAGAUUAUCAGUUCAGAUGAGUAAUUUGCCCACACAUUGUGUUCGGAUGCCACCUCUUCCUUCCUGUGUUAACCAGGAAAUCUUCAGUCAACUAUAAUCCCUUAAUUAUUCCAAACUGAGAAAUUUAUGUUUAGAAAGUUCGGAACAAGCCAGGAUCACAAACUAGGGUUGCCAUACAUCCAGAAUCUUCCAGACAUACCCAGAAUACUGCAGUUGGAAACAGUGUCUGGGCAGAUAUUGGAAAAUGUCCAGGAAAAUCCAUACAUAUGGCAACCCAUGUCUCAUGUCGGCAGUGUGAUUGAUUUUGCCCCAAAAGCUCAACAACUUUCCCCAAAAAUGGUCAAGAGCUUUUGUGUCUGGAUUUUCACUUUUUGAAAUAUAGCAACCCUGUCUUAAAACAUGCUUGAAGUUGGUUUAAGAUCCUGCAUUUCCUGUUUAUCCACUUUGGAUGGAAUGAGAAACUAUGGUUAAUUAAACUAGGGUUAAUUCUGGGAUAAAUUGUGGUGCACUUUAAAGGGAAUAAGGAAACUGCUGUAUACCCAGGCACAAGGCUAAGUUUAUAUCUCAGCUAGUUAUUAAGCCAAGGUAUGAUCAACUGAAACAAGCCACAGUGUUAGUGCAAAGCCUAUGGCUACAAUCCUCCACACAGACUGUAAUAAUACAUAAGAUGGAUAUUAAUGUGACUUACCUAUAGGGAGAACUGCAGCCUAUGAAAUCUUAAGUGGCAAGUGACUACAUUCCACCCACCUAUCCAUGCUUAGCAGUGUGCAGAAUCAUAACCUGUGCGAUGAAAAUAUUAGAAAAUCUUGGUGUCUGAUUUGCAUCUGAAGUAUUCGUGUUCUCAUUUCUUUUCAGGAAUUUAUAAAAACCAUAGGUUUAUAUUCAGGAUAUGACCCUCAAGAUCUCACCAAUUUGGUCAACUUCAAAAUCUGGCAUGUACAGGAUACUUUAUUCUGUGAGGUAUUUUUCUCUUUUUAAAAAAUCUUUACAGUUUUAUUGAGUUCUCCCAUCAGACAGGGAGAAAACCCUGACUUAUAAUUAAUUAUUCAGUGGCACCUAAGAAAAUUAAAAGGAGUGAAGGUGUUCAUAUACAAGUACAUAAUAGUUAAAGAAAAUAUGGAAUGUUUUGUCUACAUAUACAUUUUAUUUGGCUUAGAAAAUGAUGGGAAGGUGGAUAUUUUUGCAACUCAUUAGAAUAUUUUGUCAGAUAAAGGUAGGAUUUCCAGAGAAAGGUACCAAGUACUGGGGCUGUUCAGAUGUAACAGUAAACCAUAGUUUGGAACAGGAUAAUCUGUGCACACACACCCAUGUGUUGCUGAUCUACAUCUUUCCCUGCUUUCCUAAUGGGAGCUGGAGUUCAGCCAUAACUGGUAGGUCACAGAUUUCCCAUCCCUGAUUUAGCAGACAAGCACAAACCAUAGUUUGCCUUUGCAGAUAGAAUGGCAAGCUAUGGUUUGACAUUGAACCAAGACCUGAAGUUGCUAUCUUGUAGAGAGCAACGGAAGAAAAGACAGCAGGGAGGUGAAGGAAAGAUUGUAUGAGCUUGAGUCUUAUUACCGUCAUACCUCGAGUUGAAUGUGCUUCAGGUUGAGUGCUUUUGGGUUUUUGCCGCUCGCGCAUGCGCAGACGCUCAAAAUGACAUCACGCACAUGCGCAGAAGCGGCAAAACGCGACCUGCGCACACGCUGAUGCGCCAUCGCACCUUACGUUCCAUUCAGGAUGCGAACGGGGCUCCGGAACAGAUCCCGUUCGCAUCCCGAGGUACCACUGUAUAAGGGCAUUACAUCUCAACAGACAUUUGACAUUACAUCUCAACAGGUCCAGUCUAUGGCACCUCAAUCUGAACUGAAUGAAAAUUUGCUCAGACUUAAAAGCAAGGCCGGAGACAGCAAAAAUAUAAAGCCAGAUAGAGCUCUAUUGGCUCCUAAAUCACCUGAUCCUGCCUGAACGCUUCUGUUCAGACAUGAUGGCAUUAGACUCGCCGUUCUCUCUGCCUUCAAGUUUCUUUGGUAGGUGCAGAGAAUAAAGUUGCCAGGCCUUGUUUCCAGACUCCCAAAUUUGAGCCUUCCAGAGCCUUCCAAGUUUGUAUUCCAUCUAUGAACAGGGGUUAUAUCAACCAUGUAGCUUUCAACAGCUUUUUGUGGCAUGGUUUUGGUGCGCAGGAGAGCAAGGUAGAAUCCAUAGUGUGAUUUACUACUUAGAGGGAUCCUGCCAGAGUCAGAAAGCAAAUCCAAGUGUGACAUUGAUGGCAGGAGCCCAGAGGUAGAGAUGGGUGAGGAAAUAGUUCAGUCUGCAUUUUAAUCUGAAUUUACGCAAUUUGCACUUCCUGAAACAACACACACACACACACACACACACACACAGAAACAAUGGCCCAACAUGGCAAUAAAAAACAGAGCUACAAAAUGAGGUAUUUCAAAAUAAGAGUAAUGUGCUUCUUUCUAUUGCAGUCUAUUCACAAUUUGACACUUCCUGUGUGGGCUGCUAAAGAGGUGAGGGCAAAACUGGCUGAGCUGACCGUGUUAUCCUUGUCAUCGUUAUUUGGGAUUUACAAAAGAGAAGAGAAGGCGCGGCUGCAAGGAGGUAACCAAGACCCUUUCACUGAGGCACUGUGAUUGACUUCUCUUGCUUUGCAGCACACUCUAGCUGAAACGAGACAGGCCUUUGGGCUUGGGUGCUCUUAACUGGUGUAACUGGUACCUUAAUUAACAAAAAGCCUUAGUGAGUUAAUCAGUGCAAGCCAAUUUUAAUCAGUGAUGGAGAAUCUUAACUGGUGGAGCAGUGGUGUUGAGGAGCACAUGUUCAUUUUGUUUCGCUAUUUUAUUGUGGCAUAUGCUGGGCUUAUAACUCAUCCUUGCCUCUCCAGUUGAAGGAUGCAGGCUCUGGGACGGGGUGGCUAACUGAUGGUCCUCCAAAUGUUGUUGAACUCCAACUCCAACCAGUGCCAACCAGCUAGUGGUCAGGGAUUAUGGGAUUUGUAUCCCAGAAACAUCUGGAGAGCCGCAGGACAGUCACCCCAUUCCUAGGACAAUCCAGGGUGCUAUCGAGCCCUAGAGGGCUCCAAAUAAGUUGAAAUGGACAAACAGGCAAAAAAUAUUUGAUGAUAAAUGAAUAGUUUGAGGAGUAGCUGAGGUGGACUGUGGUGCAAUAAUCUGGUUUUCAGUGUGGUUAUGAAAUAGUCUAGUGGUCUGGAGUUUUAAGUUCAUACACAGGGUGGAUCUACACUCAUGGUUUAUAACGCUAAGAAAACGUUUCAAAAAGGCCACCACCUGUCUGAUAUCCAUUGGAAGGGUGUUCCACAAUACUGGGGCCGCUGCACUAAAAGCUGCAUUACAACAUGGAGCAUGCAACAAUGCAAGAAGCAUCUCCCGUUAUGACUGCAGCACUAAUAUAUACAGUGGUACCUCGGGUUAAGUACUUAAUUCGUUCCGGAGGUCCGUUCUUAACCUGAAACUGUUCUUAACCUGAAGCACCACUUUAGCUAUUGGGGCCUCCCGCUGCCGCUGCACCACCGGAGCACGAUUUCUGUUCUCAUCCUGAAGCAAAGUUCUUAACCUGAAGUAAUAUUUCUGGGUUAGUGAAGUCUGUAACCUGAAGCUUAUGUAACCCAAGGUACCACUGUAUAGGAUAAAGCAAUCUCCCAGGUAUCCUGGUCCCAGCUCUUAAGGACCAGUACUAAAACAUUAAACCUGGCCCAGUACCAUGGUAGAUCCCUCAGUGUAGAUCCCUCAGCACAGAUGUUAUAUGCUGAUGAUAGGUCCAGUGCUGAUGAUAGGUCCUAUUGCAGAGAAACAGCAAUAACCUCCUGGCAGUAACAAGAAUGUGUGGGUUAGGGUAUUUUUUCGUAUGUAUUCAUAUCUAUUUUCCUACACAUUUUUGUUUCUAUUUUUCUUCUUCUCUUUUUCUUUGUAUCGCUUUAUUUCUUUAUCAAUGAAACCUUUUCGAUAAAAUUUUCAAGAAAAUAUUAUUACACACACACACACACAAAGUCAGCAAGAACGUUGGGGAUGUGUGGUGCACCAGCAGAGACACAAACUGGCACUCCCACCAGGGACCCAGCAUCAAACUAGCACUGUGUCACUGCUGCCGGGAAGUUAUUGCUGUGGCUCUGCCCCACCUGGUGAACCACUCCUGAACAGGUUGCCCCAGUUAUAGCAUCCUAACCGCCAUGUUCUGCUCCAGAUGCACUUUCUGAGGCAAGCCCUGGGGCACCCCACAUAGAAUGCCUUUCAGUUUUUAGAAAGCCUAGAGUUUUUUAAAACAACUGAGUGGGCAAAUUAUUAAGUGUCUUUUAACUGCAGCUAAAACAUACCAUUUGGAACUUGGAAACAGCUUUUCCAGUUUACGGAUCUAUCACCUAUAUGCCCAGUAGAUUGUGCCAGCUGUUAAUACCUCAAUGCCAAUAACAUGAUGUAUCAAACACCCACACAAACUGAGGCACGAAAGGAAACACUCAGGUGUUGCCUGACCUGAAUUUCAUCUCACUGUAUUAGAUGAGCACUCCCAUCAUUGCACUGACAUUUCACGUGCCUUCCUCCUUCUAAUUAUUGGCUGCGUUCCUAAAGUGCUUACCUUUGGUUGGAUCAUGUCCCUUCUAGCUUUGCCUUAGUUGUCUUGCAGUACUUAUGUUUAUAUUAUUUCAUCACACUCGUGAUGCUGCAGUAAGUGUAUUUAUUUCUAAAUAUCUUAUUACAGUGGUACCUCAGGUUACAAAUGCUUCAGGUUACAGAUGCUUCAGGUUACAGACUACGCUAACCCAGAAAUAGUACCUCAGGUUAAGAACUUUGCUUCAGGAUGAGAACAGAAAUCGCAUGGCGGCAGCAGGAGGCCCCAUUAGCUAAAGUGGGACUUCAGGUUAAGAACUGUUUCAGGUUAAGAACAGACCUCCGGAACGAAUUAAGCUCUUAACCUGAGGUACUACUGUAUCAUAUAUAUUUUUUCUAAAUCUGUAAUUGGCUCAGGAAACAUAAAUAUGUUGUAGUGAUGAAAAUGAAACAGUCUGUGACUGUUUACAUUUGAAAUGUAAUUUUCUUAAAAUGGGAAAUUUAAAGUCACAUCUUAUUGUUGCUGGGGUUUUUUGUUUUUGUUUUGUUUUGUAUAUAAAAGUAUUUCUAUAUGCCCCUACCCUAAAAUAUCUGGCUAGUGUACCGCGUUAAAACAUAAAAAACCAUAAAAAAAUAAUAAAAUGCAGAUAAUCACUAAGGUGACCGGCUAAAACUAAAAAUUAAACAGCUACAAAGAUCUGUCAGCAUUAAAAGAUCUUCGUGAGAAGCCUGAAACUCAAAAGCGAGGGUGCCUUCUGAGUCAGCAUUGGACCAGCAGUGUUAAAUGCCCUGACUUCUAGUUGAGCCCUGUAAUGUAAGGGACUGCUUCUUGGGAGAAAAGCAAUGACAAACCUAGACAGCAUCUUAAACAGCCAGAGACAUCACCUUGCUGACAAAGGUCCGUAUAGUUAAAGCUAUGGUUUUCCCAGUAGUGAUGUAUGGAAGUGAGAGCUGGACCAUAAAGAAGGCUGAUCACCAAAGAAUUGAUGUUUUUGAAUUAUGGUGCUGGAGGAGACUCUUGAGAGUCCCAUGGACUGCAAGAAGAUCAAACCUAUCCAUUCUGAAGGAAAUCAGUCCUGAGUGCUCACUGGAAGGACAGAUCCUGAAGCUGAGGCUCCAAUACUUUGGCCACCUCAUGAGAAGAGAAGACUCCCUGGAAAAGACCCUGAUGUUGGGAAAGAUUGAGGGCACAAGGAGAAGGGGACGACAGAGGACAAGAUGGUUGGACAGUGUUCUUGAAGCUUCCAACAUGUGUUUGACCAAACUGUGGGAGGCAUUGGACGACAGGAGUGCCUGGAGUGCUCUGUUCCCUGGGGUCACAAAGAGUUGGACAUGACUAAAUGACUAAACAACAACAACAAUGUAAGGGACAGUUAGCAGCGGUCCUCUAAAUGAUUUUAAUGAUCUCACUGAGAUAUAAGGGCUUGUACAGCGUCCAUUUAGAUACACACUGAAUUAUCAUGAUCUCUGGGCAUAACUAUCUAUAUUCCAGUGAGAAUCACAGUUGAAAAUAGCACCAGUAUUGGACUCACAACUCACCCAGGGCACUUGCUAAUUGCAUGCUAUCAGUGACUGAUGAUUGGAUUUGGAAUUAUAUUUAUAUGUAAUCGCUUGAGUGCUUGUUUCCCAUGCUAUAAGGACAUAGCUGCCACUCUUGGCGAUUUUUCAUUUCAAAUAGAAAGAGGCAACAGAAAGACAAUCUAGCAAAACUAUUCUAGUAACUAUUGACAGUUUUUAAUUCAAAGCUAUAAAACACAUCAGACUUGAAGUUAAGUACUGAUAAAUUCCAUUUAUUUCAGUUUAGAGAAACAGGCUGCAUUCCUGUAUGCACCUACCUGGGAGUGAGUCCAUUGAUCUCAGUGGGACUUACUUCUUGGUAGACAUGUACUGUAUAGGAAUGUGCUUUUAAACAUCUGCUUGACCCUCCUGUUGACCAAUGAAUAACAAGUAUUAAUUAAUUAAACUUGAACACUGCCCUUCAUCCGAAGAGCACAGGGCAGCUCACAAGAUAAAAAUACAAAGCAACAACACAAAAUACAUGAUACACCAAAAGCAAAACAAUAUAACCCCCCCUCUCACAAACACAUUAUAAAGGACAUAGAAUGUUUAAUCAGCCAAAGGCCUGGUUAUAGAGAGACCAAUGACAAUUUUGUCGGGAUGGUGCCCCUGUUAAUUGCUGGAGAUUGCAUAAUUGGCUAAGAUAUUAUUGCCAUUCAUUAUUAUAUUGAAUCAAUUCUUUUUUUGCUCCUUUCUAUGCUAUCCUGUAUAGAAACCUCACAAUUUACAGGGCAAUCCUAACCUUGACUACUCAAGAGGUCAUUCCUCUGUAAAUUCAAUGGCGCUUACUGCCAGAUAAGUGAGAUUCAGACUGUAGGUUUAGUAAUUUUGCAGUAUUUUUUUCUCCAUCAAUAUCAACACUAUCUCACUUCUACUAAGGUCUCCUUGUGAAAAAUAUUCUAGAAAAAAUCUCCAGGGCUGCUAAAGGUUCAGAAAAGAGGAAAAUGCUCGUCUAUUCUGCAGUGAGUAUAUUUCCCCUAAAAACUUUGGUUGAAGUUGGGGGCAUAGUUCGGCUGAUCAAUCUCAAUUGGAAUUUACUGUGUAAUCCUAGAUAGAACUGAGUUCACUGGGACUUGCUCCCAGGUACGUGGGUAUAGGAUUAUACCAUUAAGCAGUUUAAAUCUGUGCAGGAUUCCGCACUGUAUCAAAUUGGCUUUUAAGUUUAAAACCCCAAGAUGCUAUUCACUCUCUAGCAAGCCUAAGACUAAAUGUACUUGUCAGAAGCUGGUAAUGAGAAAAUGAGCCUGUCUCUUUCCGUCUCUGUGGAUUCAGCUCUACAGCUGCAAAUUAAACGUUUUAAGUGUGCUGUAAAGUGCAUUAUACAAAUACGACACUAGAUGGUGAUGGUGAGCUAUGGCACAUUCUAUAUAUUUUUCAAACUUUUUUUUAAAAAGCAUUUUCACAACUUUUUUUAUAUGUGUCUAGAUUCUGUCUGUCUGUAUCUUUCUAUGUGUGUGAGAGAGAGAGAGGAGAGAGAGAUGGAGAAUGGGUGAAGGAAGAAUAUAUGUUAUACAUUCUCAAGUCUGCUGAAUAGUGUUCUGCAUCUAGCAAUUAAUGAAAAGGUUUCAAAUUAGCAAUAUCACCAAUAGUUACCUUUAGAAGCUACCUUCAUUCACAAAACUUUACAGAUGUAUGUUUGGGUUUAUUUUUCACAGCACGACACUACACUUGGUGCCUUGCAGAUGGCACUCAAUAUCUACAAUGAAAAGCUGCCACCAUAUGCAGCUUGCCAGUUUUUUGAACUGUAUCAAGAAGAUAACGGGCAAGUAUUCUAUUGUUUCCUCAACAGUUGGAACUUUUUCCGCUGCAAAUGGGGAAAAAAUAUAUGCGUGGAUUCAAAUUCUAAAAUUACUGUCCAUGUACUGACUGUUCCCCAAAAUGCAUGAGGCUUAAAUCUAGGGCCCAGAAUCACAAUGGCGUUUUGUCUACCUAGCUUUUCAGAUUUAUUUAUUUUUAAAUCUCUUAGUGGCUAAUGUGGUUAAAACAUGGGCAGCAAUAUAGAUAAAUAAGGACAACCUAAAAUAUCAGCCACCAAGCUCAGCAGCAAACAGGAGUCCUUAGGAGUGUGCGUCAAUGUCAGGGCAUCUCACCCAAAAAGGGCCUGUCAUAGAAUCAUAACAUUGUAGAGUCAGAAGGGACCCCGAGGGUCAUCUAGUCCAACCCCUGCAAUGCAGGAAUAUGCAGCUGUCCCAUAUGGGGUUCGAACCUGCAACGUUGGCUUUAUCAGCACCUUGCUCUGACCACCCGAGCUACCCAUGCACUUCUCGCUCACCUCACUUCGGAAGCUGGGGAGGGCAGGAGCUGAAAAUGUAUUUCUAUGAGGAAUCUUAAUAGAUGGGUACCCGCCAAAACCCAUUUAGUUUAACCCUAGACUCAUUACAAUACAACUGAGAGGUUUUAAUUGCCAUACGUUGCCCAGGUCAAGACUGAGAUCUGCUUUUGCCUGUGUGGUAUUACAGACUCUGGGUUUAGUUGUUCUCGAAUAACUGUGGCUGUCGAGGCCUUUCCUUUUCAUUCCUGAAUAGCACUCCUCAUAUCGUUAUAAUUUAACUUAUGCUACAUUUUCCUUCUUCUUUUUUCCCUUGGUUCUGCAAAUCAGAGAGCAAACCGUUGAAAUGUAUUUUCGGAAUCACACUAUGAAGGACCCCUAUCAACAAACUCUUCCUGGUUGCUCAUCUGCGUGUCCCCUGCCAAAGUUUGCUGACCUGGUUUCUCCCAUCCUAGUAGACGACUGGGCCAAUGCAUGCGGGAACAUAGAAAAAAGAAAAGGUAUUGUAAUUUCCUUAGCUAGCCACACAUGAUCAUCAGUACAGAAAUGGCUGAGAGCUGUAUAUUGGCUAUUGUACCAAUAUGAAAGCAGGGCUGGAUCUACACUGAUGAAUUAAAAAACGUUCCUCCAUAGCAAUUCAGUUUCCAUUACUGCUGGCUCCUGGUUUCUCUGCAGCACCCUUUGGUGUCACAUUUGAAUAACACAUUAUUAAUGUUACAAGCAAAACGUAAUGUGACCACCACAUUAUGAAAAGCAUUCCUUAAUCCUUCCUUAACGUUAUAAACCAUGAGUGUAGAUCCGCCCCAGAUGUGAGCAGUUGAUUACUCAAGGCAAAAGUGGCCACCAUUUGGGCAGUGCUGCUCAAAAAAGCAUUGCCAAUUAGUUUUGUUUGCCCUCCAGUGAUGUCAUCACAUCGACAAACAUGAUUGGCUGUGUUGCACUGUGAUUUCAUCUUGUUUCAUUGUAUAGUUCCCCAACUGGCUGGUGAUCACCCAGAAAUGCAGUAAUCAGAAGCCACAAAAGGGGGGCUAAUUGUGGCAGCAGGCAGGAGAGGAAAAGUAACAAUAAAUAUGAGUGAGCAAUCACACGUGGAUGUCACAGUUUGGGGGAGGAAGAGGCAAUAUCGUUAUAAUAAUAAUAAUAAUAAUAAUAAUAAUAAUAAUAAUAAUAAUUUAUUAUUUGUACCCCGCCCAUCUGGCUGGGUUUCCCCAGCCACUCUGGGCGGCUUCCAUCGAAACAAAAAAUACAGUAAAAUAUCACAGAUUAAAAGCUUCCCUGAACAGGGCUGCCUUAAGAUGCCUUCUAAAUGUCAGGUAGUUAUUUAUCGCUUUGACAUCUGAUGGGAGGGCGUUCCACAGGGCGGGCGCCACUACCGAGAAGGCCCUCUGCCUGGUUCCCUGUAGCUUUGCUUCUCGCAAUGAGGGAACCGCCAGAAGGCCCUCGGCGCUGGACCUCAGCGUCCAGGCAGAAUGAUGGGGUGGAGACGCUCCUUCAGGUAUACUGGGCCGAGGCCAUUUAGGGCUUUAAAGGUCAACACCAACACUUUGAAUUGUGCUCGGAAACGUACUGGGAGCCAAUGUAGGUCUUUCAAGACCGGUGUUAUGUGGUCUCGGCAGCCGCCCCCAGUCACCAGUCUAGCUGCCGCAUUCUGGAUUAAUUGUAGUUUCCGGGUCACCUUCAAAGGUAGCCCCACGUAGAGCGCGUUGCAGUAGUCCAAGCGGGAGAUAACUAGAGCAUGCACCACUCUGACGAGACAGUCCGCGGGCAGGUAGGGUCUCAGCCUGCGUACCAGGUGGAGUUGGUAGACAGCUGCCCUGGAUACAGAAUUGACCUGCGCCUCCAUGGACAGCUGUGAGUCAAAAUGACUCCCAGGCUGCGCACCUGGUCCUUCAGGGGCACAGUUACCCUAUUCAGGACCAGGGAGUCCUCCACACCAGCCUGUCCCCCAAAAACAAUACUUCUGUCUUGUCAGGAUUCAACUUCAAUCCAUUAGCCGCCAUCCAUCCUCCAACCGCCUCCAGGCACUCACACAGGACCUUCACCGUCUUCACUGGUUCUGAUUUGAAAGAGAGCUGGGUAUCAUCUGCAUAUUGAUGGACACCCUGUCCAAAUCCCCUGAUGAUCUCUCCCAGCGGCUUCAUAUAGAUGUUAAAAAGCAUGGGGGAGAGGACGGAACCCUGAGGCACCCCACAAGUGAGGGCCCAGGGGUCUGAACACUCAUCCCCACCACCACUUUCUGAACACGGCCCAGGAGGAAGGAGCGAAACCACUGUAUAACAGUGCCCCCAGCUCCCAGCCCCUCUAGACGGUCCAGAAGGAUGUUAUGGUCGAUUGUAUCAAAGGCCGCUGAGAGAUCCAGCAGAACCAGGAAACAACUCUCACCUUUGUCCCUAGCACGCCGGAGAUCAUCAACCAGCGCGACCAAGGCAGUUUCAGUCCCAUGGUGAGGCCUGAAUCCCGAUUGGAAAGGAUCCAAAUGGUCCGCAUCCUCCAGGCGUGCCUGGAGUUGUUCAACAACCACGCGCUCAAUCACCUUGCCCAAGAAUGGAAGAUUUGAGACUGGGCGAUAGUUGGCCAUACUGGCCGGGUCUCAAGAUGGUUUUUAAGAAGCGGUUUAAUGACCGCCUCUUUCAGCGGAUCUGGGAAUGUUCCCUCACAGAGGGAAGCAUUCACCACCCCGCAGAGCCCAUCGCCCAGCCCUUCCCGGCUUGCUUUUAUUAGCCAGGAUGGGCAAGGAUCAAGGAGACAGGUGGUUGCUUUCACGCGUCCAAGCAGCCUGUCCACAUCCUCGGGGGUAACGGAUUGAAAUUGAUUCCAUGCAACUUGACCAGACAGAGCUCUAGCACUCUCCCGCCCUGGCCCUGCUCCCACAGUGGGGUCUAGCUCCUUCCGAAUAUGAGUGAUUUUAUCUGCAAAAAACUUUGCAAAAUCGUUGCAGGAGAUCUUGGGGUCUUUACAAUGCCCCGAUGGUAAAGGUGGUUCCGUUAAAUUCCGUUACCUCAAAAAUAGUGUUAUGAGUUUGGAGGGAGGGGAGAGCAGGCUGUAUACCGACACCAUUAUAACCCCUGGAUCAAGCAAGUGUUAAAAUAUAAGCCAGGCUACCUUCAUGAUGGGACGCGGGUGGCGCUGUGGGUUAAACCACAGAGCCUAGGACUUGCCGAUCAGAAGGUCGGCGGUUUGAAUCCCCAUGACAGGGUGAGCUCCCAUUGCUCCGUCCCUGCUCCUGCCAACCUAGCAGUUUGAAAGCACGUCAAAGUGCAAUUAGAUAAAUAGGUACCGCACCGACGGGAAGGUCAACGGCGUUUCUGUGUGCUGCUCUGGUUCGCCAGAAGCGGCUUAGUCAUGCUGGCCACAUGUAAGCCGGCUCCCUCGGCCAAUAAAGCGAGAUGAGCGGCGCAACCCCAGAGUUGGUCACGACUGGACCUAAUGGUCAGGGGUCCCUUUACCCUUUAUAUUUUUACCUUCAUGAUGAGGUGAUCGCCUGGGAGAUGAGCCAUUAAGGGGAGCAAAGGAAAGGGGCUCUGUGCGAGAUGGCAAAUUGAUGGGGCCCCUCCCUCAACUUGCAGUAGUUAGAAAGACGAGAACAGAGAGUGCAGGAAUGUGAACUAAACAAGAAGCAGCAAGCUGAAGAGAGAGUCAGAGCAAUGUCUGAUUUCUGCUUGAAUCCAAGACUGCAGUUAUGGGAGAAAUGAACCUAUUAGGGUGUUAAUGCUGUGAACCCCUCCAUCGUAGGCUCAGGUUGUAUAUAUGUGUAAAUAAACUAUAUAUCAUAAAGACACCACAGUCUCUGCUGUGCCUCGUUCUGAAGGAAACAAGAACCCUAGGUAAGUGCCUGGAACCCCGGGAAUCUCACACCACUCGGAGAUUGGGGUGGCAUGCAAGAAUACAUAUGAAACCUCUUUAUAUGUCUUAAUAACCUCUGUAUUUUAAUCAUGACUCUCCAGCCAGGUCAUGUGAUCAAAAUGCACUAUAAAAUGGGCAGAGUGUUCUGCAAAAAUGUGUACAUUAGUUAUACAGAAAUAUGAUUAUUAAUAGAAAUUCACACGAAAAUGCUGACAGGUUUUUAUCAGGAUUAAAAAACAACAACACGUUUUUAAAAUUGCUGCGGAAGUGUGGAGAGCUGAAUUUAAACCUGGAAAAAUGAGAAACUGAAAGAAGUGAAACUCACAGUUCCAUCCACCCUGAACUGAUUUUCUUACCACUUGCACAAUCUCGGUAGCUGGACUGGGCGGUGGGGGGGGGAGGCAAAUACCAGCUGCAGCACCUCUUUGUCCCUACAGUUUCUCAUCCAGCCUGAUUCUGAGCCCUCUUCUCCCAAUAUCAGGCAUUGGGCUACACAAUCUACAGUUUAACAAUACUAGGGCUGUCUCAGAGCUUUUAACAUGACUAACCUGGAUUAAAUAGCUAUUUUGCUGCCACAAAAUCCAAAAGCCAAGGACGGGGAAGAUGAUAAGGAUGAGGAGAUGAGUAAAGAAUAUUGCAAUAGCCUCUUAAUUGUUUCUUACAGGAAAAUGUUCCCAAGAAAAUGAGCAGGCUUUGUGAAAGAAAGAAAGAAAGAAAGAAAGAAAGAAAGAAAGCACAAAGAUGCCUAACUGAAAAGAAGCAAGAUGGAAGAGUAAACUGAGCUUAUGGAACACCUUGAAAUGUAAUGCUGCACUCAACAAAUCCCAAAUGUAAGGAUCUCUUUUUAAAGGCUGCAUUGGUUUAAUAAUAAUAAUAAUAAUCCCGCUGCCUGAUAACACUUCAACAAUAAAGAUUGCUUUAAAUAAAGAACUGGGAUUUUGGAGUUCACCUAUUUCAAUUGCCAUCUGCUAGAGUUUGCAUGGGCAGCAGGAUUUUCCUUGUGUAGCUGGUUGUUGUUGUUUUAAUGCCAGGCUGCUUCUAGGUCACUUGGGAGACGCUGUGUCUCCUUGCCCUCUUCCAGCCGAGAGCAGGGGUGUUUGCUCCAGUGUGUCGUUUCUGAACAAGUGGCUUCCAUGUGGGGAAGGACGUUCGUUCGUGUGGGUUCUGCUGCAGAGCGUGGGCAGGCAGCAGGAGAGAUCAGGAGGGAAAGCCACUUUGAGAAGGAGCAGCUUGCACCCUGCACCCAAAGGCACCCCACCCCUAACUUCUCCUGGGAAGAUACAGUCAGCCCAGGACGUCCAUCUUCUCUCCUCCUAGGCCUUUUCACUGCUUCUCCUUCUUGCUACCCAACCUCUUUCUUCCUGCCUCUGCUCAUCCAACACCCUACCCUCUGACAGUCCUGGAUCACUCUGGGUCACCUCACCUGACCCACAGCAAUCCGGGGCUGCCUCCAUCUGAUUCAGCUGAACCAUGGAUCCCCCAGAAUAGGCCCCAUUCAGUUCAGGAUUCAGCCCAGUCUGGUGCACAACCACCAUGUAUACCUUACUAGUGAGAUAAAUAUUUGCAUCCAGCCAUCUGUUACAUGACAGGCACUGAAACUGCCUGGUCUCCCUGUACAGACAACAUCACUUCUGACUCCCUGUGUUCAGUUUCUGCCAAGGGCUAACGUCAACAUGGGCCACUGAUGGUUGGCUCUGCUUUGGCAAUGUGAUGUACCUGAGCUUUUUAACAUUCUCUUGUUCAGUGAACACUUAAUCUACGGAGCUAAUGGUAUUGUACUGUGCUGAUGUCCUCAAUGACUGACCAUGCUGUAGAAGUUUGAUGCAUGUAAUUCCUUUGGAUUAUACGUACAGGCUAUAAUAACUGCACUUGUUACCAUCCACAUGAAUGUUACAAUCAUGUAUGUUUUUUUAAAAUAUUGUAUAUGUAAAAGAAGAAAUGGUUUAAAAUUAUUUACAUACAAGCUUUUUUUUUUAACAGAAAUACACAUCUGCAUGACAAUCAGAGGUUGAGACCCUGGAAAUUGGCAGAGUGAGUGGAAGUAAUUGGGAACACUUCCAGUGUUUAAUUACUGCAUGAUAGCCUGCUGUUAAAAGCUUGGGAAUACAGCCAACGACCAAUAAAAGUGGCAGUCCAAUGCAGAAUUAGUAUUUAUCAAUAAACACAUCGAAGGCACAUUAGAGUUGUUUUAUCCCAGUUUCUUAAUGAUGAUCAUUGACCAUGAUAACAAAGGUUAGAUUUUCAGAGGAAAUUUUUCUAAGAAAAUGCCUGAGAUUUUUCAUUUUCUCUCCCCAAAAGAGAAAAGGCCACUUUGCAGAAUUUUCUCUUACUACUCUCCACUAAUUUUUGUGACAGCAGCCACUCUCCUCCUCUCCUACAAAGCCAUGGAUUGCUAUAUUGGUCCAGGGUAUUGUUUUUUUGUUAUUAUAUAUUUAAUUGAUACUCAAACAAAGAAAAAAACAAGACAAGAAUACAAACAGAACAGUAAUAAAGACAAUAUUAGUUACAAAUCAAUAAAGCAAAAAGCAAUCCUUGAACUAUAGUCCCGACCUCCCAUCCAUUCCUUGUUUCAGUUAUCUAUUAUUUGUUGCCAAGAAUAGCAAGUCCGACUGCUUCCUCUGAUCCAGUAUCCAACUCCUGAAGUCCGUGCAGGCCCGACAGGGCGGCUUCUUCUUAUUAGGUUCAGCGGCCGGCAGAGCCUGCCCCUCCGCGGGUUUUUCAGCCCCGGCCCUCGAGGCGGAGAAGGGGAAAGGGAAAGCGGACGCCGGUCGGGACGUGCUGGGGCUGGGCGCCGCCAUGUUGGGUGCACGCAAAGCAUGCUUGGCCAGAAGGGGCCCGCUCAUUCGAGGGAGUCUGAGAGUGGUUGUCAAUGGCAACUCCAGUAGGCCGCUUCCCCUUUUCCUGUUUCUGCUGGAGUCUUGUUUUGCUUGCCACGCCUGCGGGCUCUCUUCCGGCCAACGCUGCCAAUGGCAGACCUUAAAAACUUGGGGUCGGUGAGAUUCGGAUAUCGCAGCACCUUGCGCCUGCUGGACCUCCUGAGUGGAGCGGGUUGUGUCUUGCUCCUCGUGAAGUAGGGGGAAAUGUGAGGAGUGUUGCAAGCCGGUGCAGGGGCAGAAGGUCUGGCCGAGAUGGUAGAGCACGGCUUCUCUGUCAGGGGCUUCUUCGCAACCCAGUGGAACACCAGUAUCAUACGCCUCUUAGAUGGGUUGGACAUGCUGAAGAAGAUGCUGGAGGCCCAAAGACCAGGGUGACUUCAAAGCGGAGGACACAGCAGGCAGUUCCCUAUUCAAUGGGGCCAAAUCCAAGCUAAUGUUAGCUCCAGUCCUGUUAAAUCGAUCCAGAAAUUAGGAGCGUUAAAUAAGGAAUUAAUUCCUCAGGCAGUAUGAAAAGACUCUAUGUGGCUUUUCAAAAGCUGGGAGCUCCCAACUACUGCCACUGUUGACAGCCUGUUGCCCCUUAAAUCUGCUUGAAUGGGUUAUGUCACAAUGGUUCCUUAAGCCUUCAUCAGCAGUUUGUGAGCAUGAAAAUGCUGUUGGGAUUUUCAGCAAUGAAGGCUCAGGCAUAACACACUGUUUGAAAGUCUGAACAUUUCCUCUUUUUUUAUUUAACA